AUGAAAAGUAUAGCAGAAAUUGAAGGGCGCCAAAGUGAACAUUUUAAGAACAAGUAUAACAGCACGAAGAAGAAUAAAAAACGAGUUUGUGAUUUUCGUAACUUCUCCAAUCAUAGGAGGGUUAAAAAAAGAGCUAACAGAAAAAUUAACAGAGGGAACAAACACUGGGAUGCAAACGCCGUAAAAAAUAGAGCGCUUUUUUUACACACAAAACUUUUAAAAUCUUUAAAACAAAUGGAGACAAAUAAAGGGGAAGAAAAAAAAAAUUUUUUGAAAAAUUGGAACAUGAAUUAUUUAUCCAACAAUUUUAGCGCUUUUAUGAAGGGCGCGGAGAGCGUCGCUGGGGACAGAAGCCACAGCGGUAAAAACGGUCUUAGUGGGCGCAGCGCGCACAGCGGGAAUCGUUGCUUUCUGAGCAGAAAUGUGGACCCAGAAAGGGGGGGCAACGCUCAUAAUGAGAGCGGCACCCACGGAGAAGGGUCUAGCGAACUGUACAGUCAAGGGGAUCGGUACAACAUCUACGUUCCCCAGCAGAAUAGCCCUAACUUCUCGCACACAACGUGCAAACAGGUACAGGGCAACGCCCCAAAUGUAAACAACUUACCCCCUCAUGAAUAUAUCCAGUCAUCAACAAAGGAACAUACCCCCUAUGGUGAUAUACGAGGGGUAUGGGAAAAGAUAAAGAGCAGGAGUGGUCUUUCCAAUUUUGUAGAAACUGUAAUUCAAGACGGCGUCAAUGCUGUUAGCGAGAAAAUUGGUGCUUUCAGCGAUGGCGGCUAUGAGAAGAACCCCAGCAGGAAGGACGAUUGGGGUGGUCACGUCGGAAGUGCACAUUAUAGCAAAGUCAAGCACGACCCGACAUACGGAGAUCAAUCCAGCGUGAACGAAACGUACCAUAUAGCAUCAAGCAACAACAGAACCACCGGUAAUAGUAGUAGUCAAAAUAAGGGCAAUGGGAAUAACCAACACAGCGGAAAGGGUGGAAGUAACACCCAAAGUAACUACAACAGUAAGGACACAGGACGGGGCACCAACAGCAACAACUACCACCAUAGCGGUAACAACACAUAUAAUAGUAGUGCAAGUGGGUAUACAAAUGGUAGAACUCCCAACGGAGGAGGAAGCAACGACAACAAUAAUGAUGGAGACGGAGAUGACGAUGGGAAUAAUGGGCACUACGGCGGAAACGGCAGGUGUGACAAUAACGGGGAGAGUAACGACGACGAUCAUGACGACGAUGAGGAUGAUAACGAUGACGAUGGGGAACGAAGCAACGGUCGGAGUGGACACCAAAAUGAACGAGUCCACGACCCAGGUGAUCCAAAUGGGAAAAUGUACUACUCAAGAAAUAACGGCUCGUCCGCAUCAGUAACGUCUUCAUAUAUUAACACAGAUGCAAAUACAUCGAAUAGCGGUGCGAUGAAGCAUCAGUGUCAGAAGAAGCGGAAAAGUGGGAGAACCAGUUGCCCAACUGCAAACGAUAACAACAAUGGACGAACCAGUAACAGUGCCAGCAGUGUUAACUUCAUAGGGGGAGGAAGCAGCAGCAAUGGGUAUGGUGACUACAAUAGUAGCGGUGUAGAGUAUGCCAAUGUAGACAGGAGGACUAACCUCAAUUUAAGAAGAGGAAUGAACGAUGGUAAUGUUGAAUAUUAUAAUCCGUACAGGAUGGAUGAUAUAUAUGACAGAUCCGCCACGGAAGCACCCAAUCAUAACCGUGGAAAUUACGAUUGCAGUGGUGGUCAUUAUAGAGAUAACUACGCCAGCAGCCGUGGGGACGAUGCCCAUGGGGGGAACACAAUCGGAAGGAACAGCGGAAGUAUUGGCUACGCUAACAACGGUAAUAACUGUAACAACAAUAUCAGCGGAAGUGGGAAUGAUCAGGAGACCAAUUUAGGCCCCACCAGCAAUUCCACGAUGAGUAAAAAUAUUGGGAAUAAAAGAAACUACGGCACCAAUGUGAAUUAUGAGGACAUGUGCCUCAACCCUAGUUACGCCAAACAGGGGGACAGCAACAGCAACAACAACAGCAGCAACAGUAAGCAAAUAAGGAAAGGCCAAAACUGCGGAGAUGGCGGGGACAGUGGUGAUAGUAACCAUGGUGAUUGCAACGAUUGUGCUGAUCGUGAUGACCGUGGUGACUGUGGCAACGCAGAGGAUCAAUCGCAGAAGCGACUCGUGCACGCCGCAAACUCGGAAAUGCUCAACCCGGAGGACAGGAAGAGAGAAGCGGAAAAAUACAAAGUGUUAGGAAACCAAAGCUACAAGUUGGGCUAUUUCGAAUCCGCCAUCGAUUAUUACACCAAGGCAAUUUCCUACGACAACACCAAUCAUGUGUAUUACACGAAUAGGGCCCUCUGCUAUAAGAAGCAGAAACUAUGGAAGCUAGCCAACAGUGACGCAAGGCAGGCCCUAAACUUGGAGGAAGAAUCUGUGAAGGCGCACUUCAUUCUUGGAUUGACCCUCCUACAUCUGAACAGUUUAGAAGAGGGUUUAAAAAAACUAACAAAAGCGAAAACCCUAUCUAGUUAUUUAAAAGACUCAAACGAAAGCGAAAUAAACAGAUACAUAUUGCAGGCAAAAAAGUUAAUAUACCUUCGAGAUGAACAGAACAAGCAGCUCACCUAUACCGAACUGCAGUCGUUUCUAAUCGAUAAAAUAAACCUACUGAACCAAAUUGGCUACAUAUCAAAUGAGGAGAAAUGUUUACGAACUCAGCAGACAGAGAAUCUGUUUAAGGAGGUUUUAAAUUCCUUCCAAAAGAAACAGAUACCAGAUUAUUUGUGUUGUAAAAUCUCCAUGUGCUUAAUGAAUGAGCCAGUCAUUACCCCUAGUGGUAUGACUUACGAUAAAAUAUUUUUGUAUGAACACGUGAAGCAUAAUGGGUCCUUCGAUCCCGUUAGUAGAGAGCAAUUCUCUAUGCGGGAGGUUAUUCCAAAUUAUGCCAUUAAAGAGGCUACGGAUAAUUUUUUGAAGUGCAACCCGUGGGCCUUCGAGGAGUAG